CAUUGUCGUGAUUGGACACGUCGACUCCGGCAAGUCCACCACCACCGGUCACUUGAUCUACAAGUGCGGUGGUAUCGACAAGCGUACCAUUGAGAAGUUCGAGAAGGAAGCCCAGGAGAUGGGCAAGGGCUCGUUCAAGUACGCAUGGGUUUUGGAUAAAUUGAAGGCCGAGCGUGAGCGUGGUAUCACCAUUGAUAUCGCUCUGUGGAAGUUCGAGACUGCCAAGUACUACGUGACCAUCAUCGAUGCUCCCGGCCACAGAGAUUUCAUCAAGAACAUGAUCACUGGUACCUCCCAGGCCGAUUGUGCUGUAUUGAUUGUUGCCGCUGGUACUGGUGAGUUCGAGGCCGGUAUCUCCAAGAACGGUCAGACUCGCGAGCACGCUCUGCUUGCUUUCACCCUGGGUGUCAAGCAGCUGAUUGUUGGUGUCAACAAGAUGGAUUCAUCUGAGCCACCAUACAGCGAGGCUCGUUAUGAGGAAAUCAAGAAGGAAGUGUCUUCGUACAUCAAGAAGAUCGGCUACAACCCGGCGGCUGUUGCCUUUGUGCCCAUCUCCGGAUGGCACGGCGACAACAUGUUGGAACCAUCGACCAACAUGCCUUGGUUCAAGGGAUGGAAGGUGGAGCGCAAGGAGGGUAAUGCUGAAGGCAAGACCCUCAUCGAUGCCCUCGAUGCUAUCCUGCCCCCCUCCCGCCCAACUGAGAAGCCCCUGCGUCUGCCCCUGCAGGAUGUCUACAAAAUUGGCGGUAUCGGAACAGUACCCGUCGGUCGUGUGGAGACUGGUGUCUUGAAGCCUGGCUGCGUUGUUGUGUUCGCCCCAGCUAACAUCACCACUGAGGUUAAGUCCGUGGAGAUGCACCACGAAGCCCUCACCGAGGCCGUUCCUGGUGACAACGUUGGUUUCAACGUUAAGAACGUCUCCGUUAAGGAGCUGCGUCGUGGCUAUGUUGCCGGUGACUCCAAGGCCAGCCCCCCCAAGGGUGCCGCCGAUUUCACCGCUCAGGUCAUCGUGCUGAACCACCCUGGCCAGAUUGCCAACGGCUACACUCCAGUGUUGGAUUGCCACACCGCUCACAUUGCUUGCAAGUUCGCUGAGAUCAAGGAGAAGGUCGACCGUCGUUCCGGCAAGACCACCGAGGAGAACCCCAAGUUCAUCAAGUCUGGUGAUGCUGCCAUCGUCAACUUGGUGCCCUCCAAGCCUCUGUGCGUUGAGUCCUUCCAGGAGUUCCCUCCUCUAGGUCGUUUCGCUGUCCGUGACAUGAGACAGACUGUCGCUGUCGGUGUCAUCAAGGCUGUCAACUUCAAGGAUGCUUCCGGUGGCAAGGUCACCAAGGCCGCCGAGAAGGCCACCAAGGGCAAGAAGUAGCUGGUUUCUAUCAAUAAUAACAACAUUAUGAUGAAGCAGCAGCCAGAACUCAACAGCAGCAACAACAAUAGCAACAACAACAGCAGUAACAACAACAAUGAUAAGCACAACAGUAGUCGAACACAAACACCUGUCCUGCGCAAGAUGAAUGAUAAGAUGAUGUUCCAGCAAAAGCAAAAAUUUAAUUUUUUCCAUCGUAAAGAAUUUCGUCGGAUACGAAUGUUAAACGCCAUCGCCGCCUAGACGAUUGAGUGGGAAAAUGGAGCACACACCCAAUUGCAGAUUUCAAGAAACAAAAUUAAAUAUUUACCCUCAAUCUUAAGUUUACCUACCACAUAAAUAUAUAUAUGAUAUUAUAGUAAAUUGAUUUUAUAAUGAUAUCAUAUUUUUUCAUAGUUCGUAUAUAAUUUGUGUAGCGGCAGUAGCGCAGGCGUGUAGCAUUUAUAUAUCGUGUAUUCGUUAAAAUUAAAAUUUUGAUUUUUUAUA